CCAAGCACAGACUGAGCACGCGCCGCUCGCCGACGGAAGCCGGGAAGGAAGGGGGCGGGCCGUGGCUGGCGGGCGCGGGGAAAAUGGCGGCAGCGGCGGCUGCGAACGGGAGCGGAGGCAGCAGCGGCAUGGAGGUGGAUGCAGCAGUCCCCAGCGUGAUGGCCUCCGGGGUGACGGGCAGUGUUUCCGUCGCUCUUCACCCCCUCGUCAUCCUCAACAUCUCCGACCACUGGAUCCGCAUGCGCUCCCAGGAGGGGCGGCCUAUGCAGGUGAUCGGGGCUUUGAUCGGGAAGCAGGAGGGGCGGAACAUCGAAGUGAUGAACUCCUUUGAGCUGCUGUCCCACACCGUGGAGGAGAAGAUUAUCAUUGACAAGGAGUACUAUUACACCAAGGAGGAGCAGUUUAAACAGGUGUUCAAGGAGCUGGAGUUUCUGGGUUGGUAUACCACAGGGGGGCCGCCUGACCCCUCCGACAUCCACGUCCACAAGCAGGUAUGCGAGAUAAUUGAGAGUCCCCUCUUUCUGAAGUUGAAUCCCAUGACCAAGCACACAGAUCUUCCUGUCAGCGUUUUUGAGUCUGUCAUCGAUAUAAUCAAUGGAGAGGCCACAAUGCUGUUUGCUGAGCUCACGUACACUCUGGCCACGGAGGAAGCUGAACGUAUCGGUGUAGACCAUGUGGCACGGAUGACAGCGACAGGCAGUGGGGAGAACUCCACUGUGGCUGAACACCUCAUCGCUCAGCACAGUGCCAUCAAGAUGCUGCAUAGCCGCGUGAAGCUCAUCUUAGAGUAUGUCAAGGCUUCUGAAGCAGGAGAGGUCCCCUUCAACCAUGAGAUCCUGCGAGAGGCCUACGCCCUGUGCCACUGUCUUCCGGUUCUCAGCACAGACAAGUUCAAGACAGACUUUUAUGAUCAAUGCAAUGACGUGGGGCUCAUGGCCUACCUCGGCACCAUCACCAAAACGUGCAACACGAUGAACCAGUUUGUGAACAAGUUCAACGUCCUCUAUGACCGACAAGGCAUCGGCAGGCGAAUGCGGGGACUGUUUUUCUGAUGAGGGUUCUAGAAGGGAUGAUGUACAGGGCUCAGACAACUGUCAUUGGUCUGGGCGCUGCAUUCCCCUUAGAGAAACUGUCAUUAAUAAAAGAGCAGCCCCUUAGCAGCCCUUCAGUGCUUUGUCCUAACAGGCCCCACACUGGCUUCUCCAACUUGGAGCCCAAAGCAGCCCUGCUCAGAGGCAGAGUCCAUUCAUCAGUGCUCCUUUUAAGUUUUAGACUUGAGGUGUGCGACACUUGUCUAGAUAGGCAGAAUGUGGUAGGACUGCCUGUUUGCUUGUAGUUCUGUGAUGUCAGUUCACGUAGGCCUACCCACAGAAGUGACAAAUGUCUGCUUCCCCAAUCUAUGAUGGGGAGGGAUACCAAGCCCAUCCUUGUUAUGGAUAACUCAAACCCUUGUUCCCAUGAAUGCUGCAAAGUACCACUUGGUCUCCACUUCAGCCCACCUGUGAACCCUCCGCUGAAGUCCUUUCUGGUGGGUGCUACUUUUUACACCAUCUUCACCUCCCUCCCAAGAGGUGAACACACAGUGGAAGUAUUUCAAGAAAUGAGUGGGCCGGAGACUUUGGCCCUCACCCUGGCACUACCAUGGUAAGGCUCACGUACCAGGGGAGAAGGCUCCAUCAAGUCCUUGCCACACCCCAGUCACUUACAUGUGGCAAAGUCAAAUAGAAAUUUCUACUGGAAUUAUGAUGUCUGUCCAUUCCCCAAUGCCAUUUUAACAGAAGCCAAGCCCAAAGUCAAAACAUUUUAUUAACAAACAAAAAGUGCAGCAUGGAUGGGAAAAUGGGAUCUGCUUUUCGGGGCAUCCAGCGAAUGCUCUGGGGGUGCACAGCAGGGCCUUAAAAGCUGGUCAUCAGACAAAACGGCGAACCUCAAAAGCUGGUCAUCAGACAAAAGUGAUCCGUGUCCGAGAAGUAUUGACCUGCCAGACAUUCAGCUCCUCAUAUUCAUCCAGAGCUGCUUGGAAUUGGGCUGGUGUGAAACCACGUGAUAUGCAGCGCUGCUCAGCCUCAGAAAACCGGACACUUCGACCCCCUGAGACUAAUUCACGGACUGUGGCAAAUAUCACAUCUGCUGGCCUCUGGGUCCUGAAACACAUGGGUGGCAGCUGUCAGUGUGCAGGGCUAAGCAAACAGAAUAGCAAUCCCAAGGUCAAACUUGUAUGUUUGAGUGCAGAAGUCACAAAGCUAACAACCAGCUCAAUAAAGUCAAGUGCCCCAAUUUCAUCUUCA